ACCACUAGUGGUUCCCACCAACUUUAUUCCAACCGUUUUUCGUUACCAUUUCAUUUCUAGGCCCACAUUCACAUUCCUGCGCUACUAUUCUCUCCUCUUCUCUUCAAAAUCUAAUCUUAAAUAGUUCCACAUACACCUCUUAACUCAGCUUGCAAAGUUCAGCAUAAAGAGUUAUAAUUUUGCUACUAGUUUGAGGAUUUGAGGAGUUCGAGGUUGUUUUGUUUUGUUUGGUUGACAAUGUCUGCUGCUGUAGGAGCUGUGUCAGCGACCAAAGAUGUUUCUUUUAAUGUUCAUUUGGAGGAAGAGCACAAAAACAAAGGAACCAACAAGGUUGAUGUUGUCAACCAUGAUGAUGUUGAGGAAAUUGGGAUAGAUGAAGAUGAGGAGGAAGAACACAAGGUGGAGUUGGAUCUUGGUCCUCAGUUUUCUCUCAAGGAACAGCUUGAGAAAGAUAAAGAUGAUGAAAGCUUGAGGAAAUGGAAAGAGCAACUUCUAGGAAAUGUUGAUGUGUCUGCUGUUGGAGAGAAAAUUGAGCCAGAAGUGAAGAUAGCGAGUCUCACUAUUAUAUGCCAAGGAAGACCUAAUCUCAUCUUGCCAAUUCCAUUCACUACUACUGAUUCCAAAAAGAGUAUUUUCACUCUCAAGGAAGGAAGCCAAUAUAGGCUAAAAUUCUCUUUCACUGUCUCAAACAACAUUGUUUCUGGACUCAAAUAUACUAAUGUUGUUUGGAAAACUGGGGUUAGAGUGGACAACACAAAGAAAAUGUUGGGAACUUAUAGCCCACAGCAGGAACCAUAUACAUAUGAAUUGGAAGAAGAAAUUACUCCUUCUGGCUUGUUUGCAAGGGGAACUUAUUCAGCAAGAACCAAGUUUGUGGAUGAUGAUCGAAGAUGCUACUUGGAUGCGAGUUAUAGGUUUGAGAUACAGAAGAAUUGGCCUACACACCACUAAGACAGAUUGAAAUUCAACUUCAUGUAUGAUUAUUAAAUUGAGUUAGUGGAGUUGUGCACAUGCAUGCUAAAUGAUAGUAGUGCAAAUCUUUCUUCCCCUUCUAUUAUAAGGUUUCAUUUUUUGUAUUGUAAUGACUAAAAUUUUCACAUAAAGGAAAUGCUCGUGACAAUCGCACUCAUUCCACCUAAGAUGCUUCUAUUGUUAUUAUUAUCUUGUAAGGAGUGUGAGGGGUAAAAGAAAAAUGGGGUGGAAAUGGACCCCAUGUGGAUAGUCACAGAAAUAGAUAACAUCAACUACUGCAAAUGGCCAAAAAUUCCAUCAAUUCUGUGGUGGUCCAAAUUUUCUUUUUCCGUUAUUAUGAUCACAUGCUGUUUGCUAACUGUUAAAAUCAGGAAGAAAAAAAAGAAAGUGAUACUUAUAGACCAUGAAAAAUUUAUAAUGGAUGGUUAGUUAGAAGAACUUGAAGUCAAGUACAAUUACAUAAUAGUUAGGU